AUGUCAAGAUCCUGUCUUUUAUUCAUGCUUCUCAUCAACAUCAGGUUCAGCUGUGGCUAUGGAUUUAAGGGGUGUCAGGCAAACUAUAAUGACCCCACCACUAUCUGGUGUAGUAGUCAAAACAUUGUGAAUGUGUCGGAUGUCAUACAGAACAUCCCCGAAAAUGCCACCAAGAUUAAUCUGUCCAAGAACAAAAUCCAAACCAUUCUGCCUGAGACAUUCCUCAAGUUCUAUAAUUUGAGUGUAUUAACCCUGGACCAGAACAAACUCUCAUCUCUAAGAGGAGGUGAAUUCAAAGGACUACACAUGCUGUCCAUUCUAAACAUCUCCAGAAACAACAUCUCAGUGAUCAAGGUUGUUGUAUUCCGCGACCUGACACAGUUAAGGGUCCUCGAUUUGUCAAAAAACAUAAUUCACAAAAUUUUCCCUGAAAUUUUUAAUUUCCUUCCUAAUAUUGAAUCGGCUGACAUUUCUAUGAAUAAACUACAAAGUCUACAGAGUGGUGUGUACAACAACACCUCUUUGUCCUGGCUUAGUCUUUUGGGCAACAACAUUGACCAUUUGAAUGUCAGUGGCUUUCCUGCUCUUACCUACAUUAACCUUUCGAACAACUCUGGAUUACAUCCAAAGUCAGGCAUUUUUGCUCACAACCACAGAUUGAAGCGCCUGCUCCUUAUGGGGAUAGAAACAGAAUUCUUUGCUGGAAUUCCAAUGGAGACGAAGCAAUCUCUUUCAAUGGUGGCAUUCUCUUUUUCUCUUGAAAGAUCUAAUUUCACUAUUUGCGGCCUCCUGGAAGUGAUGGACAGCCUUUCAAGCUUAGAGAUCAAUCUUGGAAGAUCCAAAUUACCUCCAAAUGUCUCUGUCCUGUUAGAAUGCUCCACACCAAAUAUGGUAGUCUUGGAAAAAGCGAAUCUGGGGGAUUUGGGAGAAACCCAGCUGGUGCAGGAUGGGAGAAAAACGAAAAGACUUUAUCUCGUUGACUGUGGGUUAAAGGACAUCUCUCACACCACCUUCCGAAGCCUUGGGGGUCUUGAAACUUUACAACUUAAUGAUAACAAGCUGAACAUUCAAAUGGAUACGUUUACUGGCCUCAGAAAUUUGACGUUCCUAAGUCUGGAUAGAAGCAAGAUUCGAGAACUCAACCCUCGCUGGUUCCUCCCUCUAAGGAACCUUAGAUGCUUGUCCGUUAUCGGAAAUGAAAUCAUUGAAUUUAUUCCAAAUACUUUCAGUGACCUACAGAACCUUGAAGAGCUUUACAUGCGAUACAAUGUCAUUAGAUACAUCACCAAUCAACCUUUCAGCAAACUCAGCAGACUUGUGAAGCUGGACCUCAGCCUCAAUAUUAUCAAAUACAUUGAGGAAGGAUCCUUCCGAGACCUGGAAAAUCUUGAUUACCUGGACCUAUCUGGGAACCAUAUCAAAAGAUUGACUCCUGCCAUCCUACAAGGUCUUGUGAAACUGAAACAGCUGGUGUUGUAUAACAACUGCCUUCAUUUUGAUAAGGACGACGCUCCAUUCAUUAACAUGACCGCACUAGAAUCACUGGAAAAGCUGACCUUUUACAAAACAGACCUGGAUACUCUCCCUGACAACUUACUGCCCCCCGGGAAUUCCCUGAAGGUCUUGCUAGUUCAGUCCAACCAUUUACAUGUUUUGGAGAAAUCUUUGUUCGAUAACCUCCCUAUGUUGCGAUUCCUUGAUAUCAGCGACAACCCACUGUCCUGUACCUGCCCAAAUGCCUGGUUCAAAAGCUGGGCUUUAAAUGAUCCUAAUGUGCACGUAGCCCAUAUCUAUGACCUCCACUGUGACAAUGUGGGGACAGCUCACUACAUGCGGGAAUUCGAUGACAAAGCAUGCUCUUAUGACCAGUUCUCCCUCAGCCUUUUCUUGACCACCUUCCUUCUGGACUUGGUGACUGUGACCGUGUGCCUAAUUUGGCACAAUCAGAAAUUUUCCAUCCGUUACAUGCUCCUCCUCCUAAGGACUCGCCUUCGAGGGCGUAAGGCAGCGGGGAAAGGUCGCUACCAGUACGAUGCCUUCAUCUCCUACAGCUCCAGAGAUGAGCCGUGGGUGAUGAGGGAGCUGGUAGCCCGUCUAGAAGGGACUACGUUGGGAUCAGCUCCAUUCCGACUGUGCUUGCACCACCGCGACUUCCGUCCGGGCACGGCUAUCCUAGAGAACAUUGAAACAGCCAUUUACAAUGCCAGACGCACACUCUGCGUGGUGACCCGUGACUUUCUCCGCAGUGAGUGGUGCGCCCUGGAGUUCCAGUUGGCCAGUCUGAGACUUCUGUGUGAUGGGAGCGAUGUUCUUCUGAUGGUGUUUCUCGAAGAGAUCCCAGACUACUGUCUCUCCCUUUACACUCGGUUACGAAAGAUGGUGCGUCGGAAAACAUACUUGUUGUGGCCCACAGACGAGCGUGACCAGGAGGUGUUCUGGAUCCGACUUGAGAAUGCCUUGAGGGAAAGCAUGCAGGAGGAAGAUGAUGGUGAUGAGCUUGCCAUGCUCAUUGGCUAGACCUGGGAUAUUUUCAAAUUAAGAAGCAUGAACAGCUGACGGACACUUUUGUAACAUUGUACAUAUGUGGUUAUAUAAUGCAAUUGUAUAUGUUGUAAGACUUGAAAAAUUACAGCAUAGAUAUUCAAUAUAAUAUUAAGCUUAAUACUGUUAUAAAUGUUUAUACUGCUUAUACAUGCUUAUUACAAGUAAUUAUACAUUAUACUUGUUGGCAGCGUAUAGCCAGCAGAUGGAGACGGAGCCUAAUCUUUGUCAGACAGUUGUUGGAGGCCAUUACAGUUCAAUAUUCAUUCAACAUCCACUCAAGGCUCAGCGAAAAGUUUUG